AUGAAAGAUCAUCUCCAUCUCUAGGUUACCAUACAAGAAUUUUAAUCAGACUCCAUAAUGUCCAAUCUAAUAGCAAUUUAAAUCAAAACAAGUAGUUAAAAUCUUAUUUUCUUCAGAACAUACAACAAUUACAACUAAUUAGUAUGAGAUAUGUAAAGGUUUGAUACCUAUUAAUGAAACCCAUCUUAUUUCUUUAGAAAAUCGAUCUAUAGGCUCUAACCAAAAUAAAUUGGAGCUUCUGCUUUUGCUCAAUAAUGAGGUUGCAGGAAGAGUGGAUUGUAAUUUAACCGAAUUGCUCAAUUCUAAUCUUGAACUCUAGAAUCAUUGUGAUUUUUAAGUUGAGACAGAGGAGAAAGUGAUGCUGCAUAGCAAUUAGGUUUCGAAUUCAAGAGUGAAAUUAACACUUAAAGUCUUUCAUCAAACUGAAAAACAUUCAUAGAGAGCAAAUAUUAAUGUUGCAACUUCUGAGUCGUAAUGUGAACAAGAUCUCAGUUCAUUUUCAUUGAGAGAAGAACUAGAACAAUGGAAAUCCAAAUAUACUAAUAUUGCUAAAGAAUUAAAUUCAUUAGGAGAUGAGCUAUUGUCUCUGCAGAUUAAAGAAAAAGGAGAUAACUAUUCAUACUUAUCUCCAGAUAUCAAUAUAUUUCGAAAGAUUAUAAAAUCAAAAUUACAGUAUUUCUUAUAAAUAUAUGAUAAUUAAGUGGAUUAAAUAUAUUUAUUAAAAAAAGAAUUAAAUUAUUACAGAUCUAAAUUAUGCUUGAAAGUAUCAACUAUUUGAUUAUGUAGUGCUCAGAACCCUAUUUUAAACACAGUUUCUAAAGUCUAUCUGCAAAAAUUCAAAACUUAACCUCUGUUUUAGACAAGUAAAUAUACACUUUAAUUUAGAAAACAAACAGAAUAAUUUUAAUUAAUCAAAUCUUUAGAAAUAGAAAAAUAAUCAUAGAAAUCAUAAUAAGAAAAUGUUAAGAUUUUGAAUCAAUAACAGUUACUGUUAAGAUAAACUUUAGCAAAAUCAAAGAAAUAAGUUGAAGAUUCACUUAAAUUUUAAACUUAAUAGGAAUUAUAAAUUUAAUAGUUGCAUAAGGAUGUCAUUUCUAAGACUUAAAUCAUUCUCUAAUUAAAUAAGCGCUGUCUUGAAUUAGAGUAACAAAAUUAUAGGAUGAACUCUGAUAUCGAGCAAAUCAUAUUCUUAUAUAAACAAUGGAGUAUGUCUAUAAUAAAAUCAAUUGAAAAAGAGCCCACUGAAAAACAAUUAUUAGGAGACAUCCUUAAGUAAUUGAACAACUCAUUAAAGUUUCUUGCCUCAAAUGAGAAUUUAAAUCAAGAUUCCAAUUCAGCAAAUGAAUAUCACAACAAAAUUGAACAAUACAUUGAAGAUUAUCAUUUAUAAGUUACGCAAUUAGAGUAAUUACUAUAUCAGCAUAGGAUCAAGUGUCAAAAUGAUAAAUUAACAUCAAAUUCUCUUAGAGCAGAUUAAUUAAAUGCAUUUCUUUUAAAUUUUCCUAUAGAAAAUGUGGCUGAAUAGAGUAACAAACAAUAUGACAUAUCAAAAUAGAUGAAUUCUUAAUUGGAAUAAAAUAUCUUCAAUUUGAUUUAGUAGAAAGAUGUUGAGAUUACUAAACUAAAGCAAAAAAUAGCCGAUAUGCUAAAUAUUGCUUUAGAAUUAGGCAAUUCAGUGUUAGUCGAAUAAAUGCAAUUCACCUUAAUGUGA